GUGGGGGCCUGGCCGGCGCUAUGUCCCAGGGGCUCAGGGGACCCGCAGGGGUAUUCCCUUACCAGACACGCCCCUGCUUGGACCCCAGCUAUGAGCAUAGCAGCUGGAGACACCUGCAGCCACGUGUGCCCGAGUCUUACCCCAGGAGUUUCCAGCUCCAACAGAUAGAGUUUCUUAAAGGCCGGCUCCCAGAAGCACCCUUGAUUGGACACCAGCCCCAGUCGCUGCCGCCAUUCUUCCCAGGACACUGGCCACGGUUCCCAGGGCCACCUUCCCAAGGCAAGCAACUGGAAACCUGGAAUUUCCCCAGGAGAGUGACUCCUAGGAGUCAGGGCUUCCACAUAGGACUGCCACUUCCUCCCCCACACAGCACAAGUCUGCCAUGGAGAGCGGAUGAUAGACUUUGCUCUCACUUCCAGGAGCUGAGCAUCAGUCAGAAUCCAGAGCAGAAGAUCCUAGGCCGCCUGGAGGAGCUUGGAGAGGGGCGGGCCAUCAGCGCUCAGGUACUAGCCAGAGAGCUCAGGGUCCCAAAGAAGGAGGUCAAUCGUGUAUUGUACUCCCUGGAGAGGAAGGGGAAGCUGCGUAGAAAAGUAGGAACUCCUCCUUUGUGGAGCCUUGCACCCCCACAUCAGGCUUGGACUCAGCCCCCUAAAACUGUGAAUCCAGUCAGUUGUGGCCAGGAAGUCCCUCAAGAAGAACCUGGUUUGAACAGUGAAGACGGAGACCCUGCCUCUGAUUUAGAAGGACCCCUUGAGCUUCUUGACAUGGCGGAGAUCAAGGAAAAAAUCUGUGACUACCUGUUCAAUGUGCCGAACUCCUCUGCCCUGAACCUGGCUAAGAACGUUGGCCUGGCCAAGGCCCGGGAUGUGAAUGCGGUACUGAUUGACUUGGAAAGGCAAGGCGAUGUCCACAGGCAAGGGGCCACGCCUCCCACCUGGGACUUGACGGACAAGAAGCGGGAGAGGCUGCAGAUCAAGAGAAGUACACACAGUGUCCCAGCUGCUGUCCCAGAGGCUACCAGAAGCACCUCAUUCCCCACCUGCCAUUCGCCCCCAUCGGGUGCCUCCAGCAGCAUGGCAACCCCCAAAAGAGUGGAGAAUGGCCAGGAACCUGUGACAAAGUAUGAAAGUAGGUAUGAGGCCAGACCAGGACCAGUGAGGCUGCGGCCACACGCUUAUCACAGUGGCCCCUCUAGAGCAGGGUAUGUUGACUCUGAAAACGGCCAGUGGGCCACAGAUGACAUCCCAGAUAACUUGAAUAGUAUCCACACAGCACCAGGUGAGUUUCGAGCCAUCAUGGAGAUGCCCUCCUUCUACAGCCCUGUCUUGCCACGGUGUUCACCAUACAAGAAGCUGACUGAAUGCCAGCUGAAGAACCCUGUCAGCGGGCUUUUAGAGUAUGCUCAGUUCACUAGUCAGACCUGUGAUUUCAACCUGAUAGAGCAGAGUGGACCGUCCCAUGAACCUCGAUUUAAAUUCCAGGUUGUCAUCAAUGGCCGAGAGUUUCCUCCAGCUGAAGCCGGCAGCAAGAAAGUGGCCAAGCAGGAUGCAGCAAUGAAGGCCAUGGCGAUUCUGCUUCGGGAAGCCAAAGCUAAAGACAGUGGAAAACCAGAAGAAUUAUCCCCCUGUCCCAUGGAGGAGGACUCAGAGAAGGCAGCAGAGUCCCAGACCUCCAGCUCCUCAGCAACACCCUUGCUCUCUGGAAAGAGCCCAGUGACCACGCUGCUCGAGUGUAUGCACAAGCUAGGGAACUCCUGCGAAUUCCGUCUCCUGUCCAAAGAAGGCCCUGCCCAUGACCCCAAGUUCCAGUACUGUGUAGCAGUCGGAGCCCAGACUUUCCCCACUGUGAGUGCCCCCAGCAAGAAAGUAGCAAAGCAGAUGGCCGCAGAGGAAGCCAUGAAGGCUCUGCAGGAGGAGGCAGCCAAUUCAGCUGAUGACCAGUCUGGAGGUGCGAACACGGAAUCACUCGAUGAGUCUGCGGCACCUAACAAGAUCAGGAGGAUUGGUGAGCUCGUGAGGUACCUGAACACCAACCCCGUGGGUGGCCUGUUAGAGUAUGCCCGCUCCCAUGGCUUUGCUGCUGAGUUCAAGCUGAUUGACCAGUCUGGACCUCCUCAUGAACCCAAGUUUGUUUACCAAGCGAAAGUCGGGGGCCGCUGGUUUCCAGCCGUGUGUGCACACAGCAAGAAACAAGGCAAGCAAGAUGCAGCCGACGCAGCCCUCCGUGUCUUGAUCGGGGAAAGCGAAAAGGCAGAGCAGUUGGGUUUCGCAGAGGUAACCCCAGUGACAGGGGCCAGUCUCAGAAGAACUAUGCUUCUCCUUUCCCGGUCCCCAGACGCACAUCCAAAGACACUUCCUCUCACUGGUAGCACCUUCCACGACCAGAUGGCUAUGCUGAGCCACCGGUGCUUCAACGCUCUCACCAACAGUUUCCAGCCCUCCCUGCUCGGCCGCAAGAUCCUGGCUGCCAUUAUCAUGAAGAGAAGCGCUGAGGACAUGGGUGUUGUAGUCAGUUUGGGAACAGGGAAUCGCUGUGUGAAAGGGGACUCGCUCAGCCUAAAGGGAGAGACAGUCAACGACUGCCAUGCAGAGAUCAUCUCCCGGAGGGGCUUCAUCAGGUUUCUCUACAGUGAGCUCAUGAAGUAUAACCAACAUACUGCCAAGAACAGCAUAUUUGAGCUUGCCAGGGGAGGAGAGAAGCUCCAGAUAAAAAAGACGAUUUCUUUUCAUCUCUACAUCAGCACGGCGCCGUGUGGAGACGGAGCCCUCUUUGACAAAUCCUGCAGCGACCGUGCUGUGGAAAGCGCAGACUCCCGCCAUUACCCUGUCUUUGAAAAUCCCAAGCAAGGCAAGCUUCGCACCAAGGUGGAGAACGGGGAAGGCACAAUUCCUGUGGAGUCCAGUGACAUUGUUCCCACGUGGGAUGGCAUCCGACUUGGGGAAAGACUCCGUACCAUGUCCUGUAGUGACAAAAUUCUACGCUGGAAUGUGCUGGGCCUGCAAGGGGCACUGUUGACUCACUUCCUACAGCCUGUGUACCUGAAAUCUGUAACACUAGGUUACCUUUUCAGCCAAGGGCACCUGACCCGUGCCAUCUGCUGCCGUGUGACCAGAGAUGGGAAUGCAUUUGAGGACGGGCUCCGCUAUCCCUUUAUUGUCAACCACCCCAAGGUCGGCCGAGUGAGCGUGUAUGACUCCAAAAGGCAGUCUGGAAAGACCAAGGAGACAAGUGUCAACUGGUGCUUGGCUGAUGGCUACGACCUGGAGAUCCUGGAUGGCACCAGAGGCACUGUGGAUGGACCAGGGAAGGAGUUGUCUCGGGUGUCCAAGAAGAACAUUUUCCUUCAGUUUAAGAAGCUGUGCUCCUUCCGUGCCCGGAGAGAUCUACUGCAGCUCUCCUACGGGGAGGCCAAGAAAGCUGCCCGAGACUACGAGUUAGCCAAGAACUACUUCAAGAAAAGCCUGCGGGACAUGGGCUAUGGGAACUGGAUCAGCAAACCCCAGGAGGAAAAGAACUUUUAUCUCUGUCCAGUGCCCAAUGACUGACAGUGGGGCAUGUUUCCCACAGGGUCAGAGGGAGUUUGUGGCAUUCCUCAUCACAUUGGGCCAGAGUUUGGGGGCUUUUGUUUUUCUUAAACCCUACCCCCCCCCUUAUUUUCAAUGGAGGAACCAUGAUAGAUGGUACCAAGACCUUUGGUUCCCAUUUAUCCCACUUGCUUUGGGAUUUCGAGGUGGGGUCUGGCCAAGCCUCCCCGCACCCUUUUCCCAAGCAAAAAGACAGAGAUUCAAAGCAGAGGGGCACUUGUUCCCCGUGUGGCAUAGCCAGUCCCUGAUCCCCGGGGCGCCUGGUCCCUCCAGUUUAGUUUUGUGGAGUUGCAUCUCCUUUUCGUUUGCUACACUGACCUCUUGUGGAUCUGAUUACAUUCCCAUCAGUUCUCUGUAAAUCAUGUCGGGGACUCAUGAUGGCACCUCUGUAGACCUGCAGGCCCCUAGUCUUCCCUCCCAGAAUUCCUUCCCGUGAUGAGGUUUCUCCUUCCCACCCCAGAGGGGGAAGAGUUAUAUAAAGGAUUGAUGACAUGUUUACAAGAACAGGAGCUGAAAACUGAUCAGGGGUUGUAGGGCAGUGGGAAUAUGGUAGAAUGGUUGGGACAGGCAAGCCCUGCCCAACAACAGACUGUGCUGGCCAGCCAGGGAACUUGCUUCCUGGGCACGGGAAAGUUGAGAACCAGAUGUGGAACUGAGAAGGUGCCCAAGCCGAGCCGGUGGUGGGGGCCCACAGAGCCCUAGCCAGGGUACAGCAGCAUUCCUUGGAAUGUAGCCACACUCCUGUCUGCCCUCCGUAAAGCGUUCCCAGAGUCUGGCUCUGUCCACAUGGAGUAUCUGUGUGAAGAGCUGAGGACAAGUCACGGUCAUCUUUGUCCGGACCUAGAAGGGAUGAAUGCAAAGCAUCCUGGUCCACUCGGGAUUCUUCUCAUAGCACUGUUAUCAGCAGAAGUUGACAAAGCCAUGCGUAAAAUGAAUGUUUCUAGAAGGCCAGAGAUACUGAUUCUGGACUGCAUUACAGACUUGAGAGACAAAUAUAUUUUUACAUUAGUGAA